UCCGAGCGCCAACCAAAAGCAAGACGAAGAAGAAGUAAAGGACUGAUAGCAAACAGCUUGUUGUAUGAGGUGAAUGUUGAGUCUCUGGGUUAAACCAUCGACAUAUAUACGGGUUAAACAUGUAUUCAGGAGAGUCUCUGAUGGAGUUUGUCAACAAGCAAGUAGCUACUGCUAGAAAACUCAUCACGAAGGUUGAAGAAGCCCUGGCCCAGUUCGAGGAAGGGCUCGGUGGUCAGCGUAGACUGUCGGAUAUGAGCUGGGAACCACAGAGCAGCUCACAUGGAGCAGAACUUCCACAGCAUCAUGUCUGGGAAAACAAGAUGGCUCUGACUGACCAGCAGCUCUCUAAACAGAAAUGGACCUCCAGUUUGGACCAGAAGGAACCAGAACCUCCAUUGAUGAAAGAGGAACAACAAGAACUCCUUAUCCAUCAGCAUGAAGGGCAGUUUCUUCUGAAGCAGGAAGUUGAUACCUUCAUGGAGAUUUCUCCUUCUGAAGAAACAGACUGUCAUGAACCAGAACCAAACAAGAACCAACCCUUGUGCCAGAGUACUACAGAAGCUGAGAACCAAGAUCAGGGUGGAUGCAGGAAAGAAAACUCGGAAUCAAACAGCAAUGAAGGACUGACACGUAAUAAAAUAUGCCAAUCCAAAGAUCACAGAGACAGUGUAGAUGAUAAAAAACAAAAAAGGCACAAGAGGGCUCACACAGGUGAGAAGCCAUAUCCAUGUAAAACUUGUGGUAAAUGCUUUCGUGUCAGGAGUACCUUGACUACACACAUGAGAACUCACACAGGUGAGAAGCCAUAUCCAUGUAAAACUUGUGGUAAAUGUUUUAGUGACAGUGGUUCCUUGACUAAACACAUGAGAACUCACACAGGUGAGAAGCCAUAUCCAUGUAAAACUUGUGGUAAAUGUUUUAGUGACAGUGGUCCCUUGACUAAACACAUGAGAACUCACACAGGUGAGAAGCCAUAUCCAUGUAAAACUUGUGGUAAAUGUUUUAGUGUCAGUGGUCACUUGACUAUACACAUGAGAACCCACACAGGUGAGAAGCCAUAUCCAUGUAAAACUUGUGGUAAAUGUUUUAGUGUCAGUGGUAACUUGACUACACACAUGAGAACUCACACAGGUGAGAAGCCAUAUCCAUGUAAAACUUGUGGUAAAUGUUUUAGUGACAGUGGUGCCUUGACUACACACAUGAGAACUCACACAGGUGAGAAGCCAUAUCCAUGUAAAACUUGUGGUAAAUGUUUUAGUGACAGUAGUUCCUUGACUACACACAUGAGAACUCACACAGGUGAGAAGCCAUAUUCAUGUAAAACUUGUGGUAAAUGUUUUCGUGACAGUGGUAACUUGACUACACACAUGAGAACUCACACAGGUGAGAAGCCAUUUCAAUGUAAAUGUUGUAGUAAAUUUUUCUCACAGAGUAAUGCUUUGACUACACACAUGAGAACUCACACAGGUGAGAAGCCAUAUUCAUGUAAAACUUGUGGUAAAUGUUUUAGUGACAGUGGUCACUUGACUACACACGUGAGAACUCACACAGGUGAGAAGCCAUAUCCAUGUAAAACUUGUGGUAAAUGUUUUAGUGACAGUAGUUCCUUGACUAAACACAUGAGAACUCACACAGGUGAGAAGCCAUAUCCAUGUAAAACUUGUGGUAAAGGUUUUAGUGUCAGUGGUCACUUGACUACACACAUGAGAACUCACACAGGUGAGAAGCCAUAUCCAUGUAAAACUUGUGGUAAAUGUUUUUGUGACAGUAGUUCCUUGACUACACACAUGAGAACUCACAUAUCAUUGAAUUGCUAAAGCCUCAUACUCCAACCCGAGCCCUCAGGUCCACAAACUAGAACCUUCUAGAAGUUCCAAAGACCAAUUAUAGAAGUCCAGGUGAUGGCUCCUUCCAGACUGUUGCACCCUGACAUUGGAGUGGUCCUCCUUUUAGCCUUACUAGUCUUGACAGUCUGGACACUUUGAAAAAAAAAAAAAAACAGCAGAAGACCCUUUCCUUUAAAGCUGCUAUAUCUAAUUAUAGUAUUUUCUUAUUUUUAACUCAAAUUUGUAAUCCUCUUUCAAUUGUUUAAUGGUAUUUUAUAAAUAUGUGACUUAGAUUCUUAUUUCUGUUUUAAGAUCAGUAGGAUUUUAUGACAAUGAUUUGUUUUCAUCUAUGUGAAACACCAUAUGAUUUUCUGUGUGUGAUGAGUGCUAUAUAAAUAAAAUGUACAUACAUGUGAAAAGCCAUAUCUAGGGAUGCUCUGAUCAAGUUUUAUGCGUCCAGUCACGAAUUCCAGGAGUGUUGAUUACUGAUACCGAUCAUACAGCUUGGCCAAAAAUUUCCUGUGAAGUUAUGAGUUCUGUCAUGCUGACCUGGCAGAGGUCAACUGUCUCCUCCUUAUGCUGACUCUGCUGCACAGUGUCUGCACAUGAGCUGUGCAUGCAAUCUUCACACUGGCCAGAGGGGGCUUGUGAACUCCGGUGUGUGCUCCUCCAGGUGAGCCAAAUCAGGAAAUCAAGAGCUCACCACUAGUGGCUUCUUCAUGCAUGCAGCAGUCAUUCAACCAGGGUGUGACAAAACUUAGAUGGCAAGCAACCAAUUCAGCUGUGAGGAGGACUUUGAUCUUGACAGGCUAUCGGUAAGCUCUUGGGAUGAUUCACAUGGACUUUUUUCUGAGCUAAGUUUUGUGGCAAACAACUGUUAGGAGGAAGUUUUGGUUUUUCUUUAAGUUUAUCAGAAAAUAUGGGUUUCCAUCCCAAUUUAUAGAAAUUUAAUAUCUAAAAAUGGUAACCCAAGAUUCUUUGUCUAAAUCCUGAAAUUAGUGAAUUUAGUUAAAAUGUACGUAAGAUUAUUUGUAACAAUCCUUAAUUAAAACCUUAAUUAAAAUGUUUAAAAACACAGGUUAAAUACUGAAAAAGUAACUGUGAAAGUAAAGAUGUAUAAGGUAGUAAAAUCUGAGAAAAUAAAACUUCUCUUGUUUAAUUUAAAUACUGGAAUAUGUUUAAACCUUAAAGUAGACUUUUACUUAGAACUUAAGUACUCACCUAUUUAAAUUACAGAUGUUGGUUGGAAUGUUUUAAGUUUGUGUUACCUGUAAAACGCAUUGUGUUUUUCUGUGUGUGAUCUUUAAACAGUUCUAUUUUUGUAUUUAAAGGUUUUUACCUGAUGCUGAUGCUGAUACUGACUUAUGAUGAUCCUGAAACUGGUCAAAUAGACAUAUCUGAG